ACACAGCGGGGGGUGGCGGCGACGAGGCGGGUGCAGGAGAAGAUCAGGGACUGGCGGCCGGCCUUGGUAGGGGUGCAGCCGGAGCCGAUGUUCUAUGCGUGCGUUGCUGAGACUUUCGGGCACUUGAGCGUGCCACUGCGAGAUUUUCUGGGGCUCUGCUCACAACGCAUAGCGACGCAGCGGCGGGACGCGGGGCAGGCCGCCAUCCAUGCGCAGGCUAGCCCAUCGCGGCAGGCGGCCAUCGGCGGCCACACCCCCUCACCCUCCCAGCUGCCCCAUUCUCACACUCCUCACCCACAGCAGGGGGCGGUCACACGGCAGCCACUGAUUGGACAGUUUGCCCAACCCCACACAGGUCGCCGGAAGAAGGGCAAGGGCAAGGGGACACCCGGGGCAGCCCGGCGCUCGGAGCAGCCGGACACGACUCCACCCUCUGCUGGCGCGCAGCCCUUACCAGCCACCACCCCUCAGGCGACCCCAUCAUUGCCCCCGGCCUGCCACCCACUGCCCUCCCAUAACCAGGAUGGCGAGCUUCGGACGUUCACCGCGUCGCGCUUUUCUCAGCUUUCUAGUUUCUAAGCUUAGAUCCGCGCCACGCCACCUAACCCUAAAAUCGGUCGCCAGCACCAGUUCGUUUUUCCGUUCGUUACAGCGUCCUCUCUCCCCCUCUCACUUAGCGCACCCUUCGUGUAUUCCCUGGCGCGCCGUCCCCGUAUUUCGUUCCCGCGCGAAACUAGGCCAACACUAGCGCCAGGAGAGCCCCCACCUCCUCCACACCCAUGGCCACAGGUAGCAAGGCUGGCACAGGUGAGCCUCCUUCCCCGAGGGCGGGCGACUAUCGACCGGACCCGGUCGUCGAGCCGGCCGCCUCCACCGCGAGCUCUGACGAUACCGCCCACACCGAUCACGCGGACGAGUCCACGCCAGCCCAUGAGUAUCCGGAUGCCGACGGGCCCCACUUCUUGUUCACGGCGGUGCCGACGCUGUUCUUAGCGCCAGCUACUCCACCAGAGCGGGGCCACACAGCUUCCAUCGCGGCUCGCGUCGCGCGCUUCUUCCGAGGUGAGUGGGACUCUCUCUUCUCCGACGCGCUGCGUCGUCGCACGCCCCUGCCCACCCGCACAUCACGUCGCACCCCCGUCACCACCACGUCGGGAGACGAGCGUCGGAUUGCGCGUUGCCUGCGCUUGGCAGCGUGCAACGAGACAUCUCGUGCGUGCGCGGCACUGGAGUCGGCCGAGGCGGCUCCAGACACGGAUCGCACGGUGCAUAGCCUACGGGCUAAGCACCCUAGCGCGGAGCGCCCUCUACCGGAGUGGCUCUCCACCUUCCACGAGGACGGCCUCCGCCUUGCCCUGGAGCCCGUCCUGGCAGGGGGUGACGUCCAGCUCUGGUCGUACGCCGACGACACCUACCUCGUGGGCCCUCCGGACAGGGUGCUGCACCACUUCACGGGGGUCGUGAGGCGCUUGGGCGGGUUGGGCCUUGCUGUCCAGCCGCACAAGUGCCUUGUCCAUCACACGUCGGUGAUCCUGCCUCGCGACGUGCAGGCUUUCACCGAUCUGGGCAUCGAGGUCGCACGCCGGGGGCUCACCGUGACGGGCGUCCCGGUUGGCACCGAGACCUUUGUGACGACCAGCCUGCGGGACCGACUGGAGAGGAUGGCCGGGGUGCUGCCGUGGCUCCCGAGGCUGCGGCAGCCACAGACAGCGGCGCGCCUGCUCUCCGCGUGUGUCAGCACACGUCCGCAGUACUUGGCGCGGACAGUCCCCCCAUCACCAGAGGUACGUGCCAUCUUUGCAGCGUGGGACGCGCGCUUGGGAGCGACCUUCCAGCAGCUCCUGGUGCGAGGUACGUGGAGGGAGGGGGACGCGAUCUGCGGGGCAGCCCUGGAGCAGGCUUUCCUCCCGAUUCGCAUCGGGGGCUUCGGCAUCCGACGCAUGGAGCGCAUCGCCCCGGGUCCAGGUGCGGGAGCUUGGCUUACGGCGGUACCCUACGCGGACUCCCUGCGCAUUCCGGAGGCGCAGUGGCAGGGGCAGGAGCGGGCACGACAGACAGGACGGCAGCAGCGGCGGGAUCAGGAGGGGGGGGAGAGGCAGGCGGGUGAGGAGGGAGAGAGGCAGGGGGCGGAGGAGGAGCAGGAGGGGCAGCAGCGGCGGUUCGGCAGGGAGGAUCAGCAGCAGCAGCAGCAGCAGCAGCAGCAGCAGCAGCCGCAGCAGCAGCAGCAGCAACAGCAGCAGGGCACGGGGGAGAGCCGGCGGGAGGAGGAGCAGCAGCAGCAGCGGCAGGGUGGCGGAGAGGGGCAGCAGCGGCGCGCGGGGGGAGAGGGGCAGACAGAGCAGCAGCCCGCGCAGCAGCAGCAGACGCCAGCCGCUCGCACAGGCCGCAUAGGGGCACCCGCCCGCAUUCCCGACCUCACCUGCAGGGCGCCGCGAGAUGCUUUGAUGGUGAUUGUAGACGUCUCGGUGGCAGACCCACAGCGGGAGGGGAAUGCGCAGUUCAGGCGGAUGGCACCCACUCAGAUUGGCGGCGCAGCAGCUAGGCGGGUGCAGGACAAGCUGCGACACUGGAGGCCGGUGUUACAGGGGUUGCAGCCGGAUCCAGAGUUUUACGCCUGCGUAGUGGAGACUUUUGGGUGCCUGAGUGAGCCACUGCGGCAGUUCCUAGGGCUGUGUGCAUCGCGGACAGCACGGCGGAGGAGAGAUUCAGGGGCAGGGGAUGACGGGUCGGCACGGAUAUUUGAGACGAGCCUCACUACGCGUCUCUCCGUGGCACUGCAGCGCGCGCAGGCAAAUGUGAUCAUGCAGCAUGCAGUGCGGCAGCUGGGCGGCUCCGACAAUGGAUGGAUGCCAGCGCCUGUACCUUUGGGCGCUGGGCAGGGGAGUUGGCACCACAUCACAGGGUGCUUCGAGAGUGCAGCAGAUAUGCAGUACAUGUAUGAUGCAUAUGUGUAGAAAAACAUAUAUAGGCCGUGCUUGAGACGCUGUGCCCGCGCUGUGCGCGUGGGCUGUUGUUUUGUUAGGUCCCAGGAUGUCCCUUUGAUAUAGUCACACCCCCCCUCCCCUCUUCCCCUCUUCUCUUUCUCUCCUCUAUCUCGCUCUCUUCUCCCCCACUCUUUCUGCUACCUUCUUCCUUCCACUAUCUUCUCUUUCUUUCCUUCUCUAUCUCUUCUCUCUCUCUUUUUUUCUUCUAUACCUCUAAACGCUAC